AUGGAUGGUUGUGUGGAAGGCAGCGGGACCAACAGACUGAUGGUGGAAAAGUUAUCCUUGUCCUGUGAUAGACUGCUAUCUCAUCUACAGCUGGCCUGCUGUCCCUCUCACUGUGCCUCACCACUACAAGGCAAGGACCUGUUGAUACACUGUCUCCUGGACACAGAGCUGAAGGCCCUGCGACUGACUGGUCACCAUGGAGACAUCUCUGCCAUGGUGUUUGGGACAGGUAGAGACCCUCUCCUGCUCUGCUCUGCCUCUGCAGAUUAUGUCAUAGUCUGGGACAUCCGGUGCUGCUACAGGAGAACAAGGGAGGGGGUAGUUGCGUCUGGUACAGUUAUUGGGACACUACUGGGCAAGGUAGUCCAUCUGUCAUUUUGUCCCUGUGAUGAGCGAGUGGCUGCAUGCUCAGGGGCGAAAGUAUACAUACUCAACUCCAAUAUAGAGGAAGUGUUGUCUGUGCUGGCUGGCCACCUGGGACCUUUGACAGCAGCUGAGUUCUGUCCAUGGAACAAAGACAUCCUGGUGUCCAUAUCAGAAGACCGCACGUUUAAGGUUUGGGGAUUAAAAAUGGAACAGAUUCUCUAUCAGUCUGGUGUAUUGUCAGCAUCUCCACUACUCAGUAUGUUGUUCUUGGAGAAGAGCAGGCAGCUUGUCACUGGUUCUGCUGAUGGACAGGUGUGGAGCUUCACUCUUCCUGAGGAACACAGAUGUCAUUUGGUGACCAAAUUGGACCUUCACAAGGUGCAGCAACGACACCAAAGACACCUGGACACAGUGGCCCCACAGACUUGUGGUGUACUAGGAAUCACUCCAGACCCAGUGGAGACAGCAAAGCCAGUCCUCAGAAUUUGUGCUUAUCACAGGCGGCGACCUGACAUUGAUCAUGGGCAGCAGAGGUAAAAUGGCUGGGUGUGGAUGGGAAGCUCUGAUGGCCUCUACCUGGUUGACCUGGGCACCUCUGAGCUCCACAGGACACUACUUUUCAGAGACCACCCCAACUUGAGCAUCACCAUGGCUGGAUCAUGGGCCAUGUCCCAAGGACUGGAUAACAGUAUGAUCUUUGUGGUGACCUCUCUAUUUGAGGCCCUGGUGUCUGUAUUGGAGGUGAGACUGCUGGGGUCAGGGUCCGUGGACAACCUCUGUCAGCACCUGGAGGGGCUCUCCGUCAUGCCCAGUGCCCCUCUGAUGCCUGAAUCUCCUCUCAACGCUGAGUUGAAAAAGAAGGGUCCUAAACCUCCCACAAAAACAGGGAAACGUGGUGUUAAGGAGCAGCCUCUAGUUUUCCACACACAGGUCAAGUCAUCAGGAUACACACAAUGUCCCCGAAUGACAAUGUUCUCACCCAAGACCAAUGUUCAGAAGAAGACCCCAGGACCUACAAAGACCAACAAGAAGAUAGGAUGUCUCGUUAGUGAAUACCCAGGAGACACUGCAGCACCCAGUGUCCCACACACUAACCUCAGCACAGUCAAAACCCCUACACCAGUUUGCUGUACCCAAUACUCAGGAGAUGGAAAGCAGAUUCUGUGUGGUCUGGGAGACAGAUCUGUAUUGUUGUACAAGUCCUCCCUCACUGGCACUCCAGCUGUUUACACAGGUCAUGACAAGGCAGUGAGCAGUGUGGCCUGGAGUCACAGCAGACAGUGGUGGCUGAGUGCCUCAGAAGACAGGACCCUCCGCAUCUGGCCCACUGGAAGUCCUGAGCCUGCCGUUACCAUGGGGGGUGAUGAAAAGUUCUCCAAAACCAUACGGGGGGCUCAGUUCUACUACCUGGAUAAGUUCCUGUUACUGGCAUCUGGUCCCUCCCUACACCUCUACCUAUAUCACCUGGACAACACACAGGAUGACAUUAAAAGGUACCAGCAGAGGAGUGCCAUCAAGCUGACAAGAUGUUUAGAGACUAAGUCAGGAACAGACAUCACUGCUGUGUCAGUCAUCAACGACUUCUACUCCUACAUAGUGCUGGUGAGUGGUGCUGACCGCUCCAUCCAGGUGUUGGACAUGAACACAGGGACAGUGGCCUCACAGCUCCCCGAUGCCCACAGCAGAGCUGUCCAUCACAUCACACAGAACAAGGGCUCUAUGUUCAGUAGCCAGACUCCAGACUCCUACAACCUCUUCCUGACCAGCGCAGUGACCGACGGAGUUAAGCUGUGGGACCUGAGGACACUCAGGUGUGUGCGGCGUUAUGAGAACCACUUGAAUCGCUGUCAUCCCUGCACCACAGCCUUUUCACCCUGUGGACGAUUCAUUGCUUCUGGCUCUGAAGAUAACUGUGCCUAUGUGUAUGACAUCCGCAGCAGCAGCUACCUCCACAAGCUCCAGAGACACUCCGGCACCAUCCUCAAUGUGACCUUUAACCCUGCUACACCUGAGCUGCUAACCGGGACUCUGGACGGGAGGCUGAGUCUGUUCCGCCCUGGCAACUCCGCCAUCAGGGUCACCCUGUCAUGACAACCGGCUGGAUCCCAUUACAACAGGCAAGCGCAUUCAAACAUUUGAAAGAAAGCAAAUGCUAUAUGAACCCAGGUCUGGACCUGACAAUGACGCUUGUGUUAUUUACACCAUACUGUAAUGGGGACCAACGGGCCUCGUUAGCUAGAGAGCUUCCUUUUAUCCCAUUGGCUGUGAUCUCACAGUGAGGCUUUACAGAGGGAUGGAUGCCAGGGCCUGGAGAGUUACAGCAGCAUUACUGAGACCCAGGGGCUACAGUGACAUCACCAUCUGACUGCACCGCUCAGCAGCCUGCGAGUCUGACACGCAGACGUUACUACAUACUAACACACCCAUCCACAUGUACAGAUGUAUUUACAUUAGAAUGGAGACACACACAGACCUAGACAGAAAGAAAAGACUGGUAUGUUCACUACAGAACUAUAUAUCACCUAUAUCCCAACAGUACAGUAGGUGAAAUUUGAAUAUUCAAGAUUAAACUGAUUUGAAUGCAUACAUAAUGCUUAACUGUUUUUGUGCUUCUUACUGUCCUUCUCCGUUCCACACUUCCAUAGUUCUGGCAAUUAGGCCUACUGCUCAGAUAACAUAUUUCUCCCCCCCUCUCCCUGUUGCUGAUGGUUUGAACAUACACUUAGUGUAUAAAACGUUAGGAACGUCUUUCCAUGACAUAGACUGACCAGGUGAAUCCAGGUGAAAGAUAUGAUCCCUUAUCGAUGUCACUUGCAACUCAAUAUAAGGAAGGUGUUCAUAAUGUUUGGUAUACUCAGUGUAUGGGGAAGGUACUGUCCUGUAAUGUCUGGAUGGAUGGAACAAUAUGUAUGGUGGAGACAGUCAGGGUACUGUAGAUCAGAGGACAUCCGCUAGUGUUCUUGGCUACUAAAAGGGAACCAAUAUGGCAUCUCAGGUUUUUUUAUAGACUUUGUAAGGAUUAGGCAAAAGAUCAGUAGUCGGGUCUCGGU